GGCCCAAGAUGGCGGCUAUGGUACUGGCGGCGGCGCGGGUGCUGCUUCGCGGCUCGGGCUCGUGGCGCUGCUCGCGGCUGAGGUCCGGUGCCCCUUCGCACAGACAGUUCAGUGGUGGUGGCGCCUAUCCCCACGUCCCACUCUCUUCCCCCUUACCCGGAGUGCCUAAGCCUGUUUUUGCUACAGUCGACGGACAAGAAAAGUUUGAAACCAAAGUCACCACGCUGGACAAUGGGCUUCGCGUAGCCUCCCAGAACAAAUUUGGACAAUUUUGUACGGUAGGAAUUCUUAUUAAUUCAGGAUCAAGAUAUGAAGCAAAAUAUCUUAGCGGAAUUGCUCACUUUUUGGAAAAAUUGGCAUUUUCGUCAACUGAUCGAUUUGAGAGCAAAGAUGAAAUUCUACUUACAUUGGAAAAGCACGGGGGUAUUUGUGACUGCCAGACAUCAAGGGACACGACCAUGUAUGCUGUGUCUGCUGAUUCUAAAGGCCUGGACACAGUGGUUGGUUUGCUGGCUGACGUGGUCCUACACCCCAGGCUCACAGACGAAGAAAUUGAGAUGACACGAAUGGCUGUCCAAUUUGAGCUGGAGGACCUUAACAUGCGACCUGACCCAGAACCACUUCUCACGGAGAUGAUUCAUGAGGCUGCUUAUCGGGAAAACACAGUUGGCCUCCACCGUUUCUGCCCCACAGAAAACAUAGCAAAGAUUGAUCGAGAAGUGCUUCAUUCCUACCUGAGAAACUAUUACACCCCUGACCGCAUGGUGCUGGCUGGGGUUGGGGUGGAGCACGAGCACCUGGUGGAAUGUGCCAGAAAGUACCUCCUGGGAACCCAGCCGGCCUGGGGAUGUGAGAAGGCUGUGGAUGUCGACAGAUCAGUAGCGCAGUACACUGGGGGUGUUGUCAAGCUGGAAAGAGACAUGUCCAACGUCAGCCUUGGCCCUGCCCCAUUCCCCGAGCUCACACACAUCAUGAUAGGACUGGAGAGCUGUUCCUUUUUGGAGGAAGAUUUCAUCCCCUUUGCCGUACUGAACAUGAUGAUGGGAGGCGGUGGCUCCUUCUCAGCUGGCGGACCUGGCAAAGGCAUGUUUACCAGGCUCUAUCUCAAUGUGCUCAACAGGCACCACUGGAUGUACAAUGCAACCUCCUACCACCAUAGCUAUGAGGACACGGGCCUUCUGUGCGUCCAUGCCAGCGCUGACCCCAGACAGGUUCGAGAAAUGGUAGAAAUCCUCACAAAGGAAUUUAUUUUAAUGGCUGGAACUGUGGAUGUGGUGGAGCUGGAGCGGGCCAAGACACAGCUGAUGUCCAUGCUCAUGAUGAACCUGGAGUCCAGGCCUGUGAUCUUUGAGGACGUAGGGAGGCAGGUCCUGGCGACCCAUUCCAGAAAGCUGCCCCACGAGUUGUGUGCGCUCAUCCGCAGCGUGAAGCCAGAAGACAUCCGGAGAGUUGCCUCUCAGAUGCUUCGCAGGAAGCCUGCAGUGGCCGCCCUGGGUGAUCUGAGCCACCUGCCAGCCUACGAGCACAUCCAGGCGGCGCUGUCCAGCAGAGAUGGGCGCCUGCCCAGGACCUACCGGCUCUUCCGCUAGAGGCUGGCCAAGAUCUGGCCUGGCUGUGGGCUGUGGACUCAGCGUGUGUUCACACAUGUCUCUUUGGGUGUGAGUUUCAGCAAAGAUUCAUAAACGGUGCAAACCAUGGGACUUUUCUCUUAAACUCAAGCAAAUUUAACGUUGCUGAGUAUAGCUCAGUUUCUGAUUCUUUUUUUUUUUAUACAUUUCUUUUUUUUUUUUUAAGAUUUUAUUUAUUUAUUCAUAGACACAGAGAGAGAGAGAGAGAGAGAGAGAGAGAGGCAGGCUCCAUGCAGGGAGCCUGACGCGGGACUCGAUCCCGGGCCUCCAGGAUCACACCCCAGGCUGCAGGCGGCGCCAAACCGCUGCGCCACCAGGGCUGCCCGAGUUUCUGAUUCUUGGCUAUCAAAUAGGCCACUUGGUGGAAUAAAGGUUUGCUUUCACAGCAGCUAGAAACCGGUGGAGCCCAAGAAGGUUCAAGGCUAACUGCUGUAGGCAAGCAGGUUAAUGUUCUUAACCUGUGCUCUGUGCUCCUGGAGACAAGCAGUCACGAGGUGGUCAGUGCCAGCCUGUCUCCCCACAGAGGCUGCUGGCCUGUCCACCCUUCCCAGCCUCCCUGGGCCCCCGGGGAAGGGUAGGAGGACCUGGUUUGCUUCAUGGAGUGUUUUCUCAGCACAGUGUUUGCCUUCACGCUCAACCAGCAACGUCCCUGAAACAGGGCCAGGAGCAAGCGAGAUCUUUCCCUGGGGGUCAUCCAGGUGGACCCAAUAUUGUGAGGCCCUUCAUCCUUUAAUUGUAAGAUGUGUUCCGAUUGCAGAUGUGUCUGAAUGCACAGGAUGGGAGAUGGGAUUUCUUAGAUCCGUUGGGAGAGCAGAACUGGGAGCAUGCUAGGAGGUGGAGCAUUCGGUGGCCGUGGGAGGAGUGCCAUGGGACAUUGGGUGGCUUUGUGGUUCUCAAACAUGAAUGCACACAGAGCCCACGUGGGCCACCUAUGGUGGCUGCAGGGCCGCUGGUGGCCCCAGCACUUGGCAGUGGGGCUGUGCAGCAUGUGGCUGCAGUGCCUGUGGGAGAAAGCCUCCUGCAGCCUCAGCCACCCAGGCAGGAGGGCAGGGCUGUUUUGAGGAAAUCAACACAUAACCGUUACUUCAGUUAUUUAAUCCACUACUCUGCCGGAGUCCAUCAUCCUAGUUUGAUGCCUUUCCAGCAUCAAUGCCAGCGCUGGCAACUGUUUUGGGGACACCAGGCUCUCCGUACCUGCUGGGAUGGGGCCUGAGGGAGACAAGCCUGGCUCAGAUGGCAGGUGGGCAGCAGUGUGGACUAUUUGUUUCUGUGGUUACCCCGGCGGGGAUGGGAUGGGUACAGCAUCUCGGGGAUAGAGGUCAGGAGCUUAGCCUUGUGGCAGGCAAGCUAUAAACUGGGGCCAGAGCUCAGGAAGACACGAGCCCCGGAUUGGGGGUUGAGGGGGUAGCCAAAGCACCAGCACCACUGUACUUGAGCCCCUGACCAGUCUGGUGAUACCCAGACCCAGGGGUCUGUUUGGAAGUUGGCACCAACCCACAUGGCCUCCUUCCCCACUGGUUCCUUCCCUGACUCCAUUAGGCCACCCCUGCUCACCCAGCCAAGCCCCCCUCCCCAUUCUCAGCCCCAGGGCUAUCCAGCUGCAGGCCCAACAGGUGCCCAAGGGAGGCCUGGCACAAGCAGAGCCUCAUGUAGGCGAUGAGAGCCGGGUUGUAAAAACCACCCUUGUCUCCUAUUUCUCAAUUCUUUCUGAAACUGGUUUUCAGAGACUGGCCUACUUUGUCUUCAUUCAUCCAAAUUUUAAUAUGAAUUUUCAAGUGAAACCUGUUCAUCUAAAUUCUCCUGGCUGCUCCUAAGUGAGUGUCCUGACUUGAGACCUGUGGCCUCUCGGGUAUGUCAUGAUUCUUGAAGACAAUGAAGCCCCAGCUCAAGCCAGACUCCACACCAGCACCACCCCAUUACUUUCCAUCCAGUAGGGCAGAGACAGCGCCUGGGAAAAUGCAUAACCGCUGCCCCAUCUCCAGGCCUUUCCCCACAAAAAUCUGUAACAGACAUUUUCAGUUUGUGACUCAGAACUCAACGGCACAUUUCUUUGAACAAAAUUUUAUACAAUCUGAAGUUUCUUAAAGUCUGAUGACUCCCAUGAAUGGAUUCUCCCCUCUGUCCAGAGACUGGGCAUCUGGCUCCUAGUUUUGGAAGCGAGCACUAAUAAAGUGGGUAUAGUCUCCUUAGGAA